AAUAAGGAUGAUGUUUAGCCCAUUUUCAAAGAUCUUUAGAACUAUAACCAUUGUUUGAUUUUCUUUUAUUCCUUUUAUUCCUUUUUGUUCAAAAAAAAAAAAAAAUGGUUAUUUAGUUUCUAUGCUGCGUAAAACGUUACACGUUAUCUGUACUUAUGACCCGAGGACACUGCGGUAUUGUGAAACGAACUUUGGGAAUUAUUUUGUUUAGUGUGGCGCAACUGAAAUCUCACGGCGCAGUUAUUAGUCCAAUAUACUUUUUGGUCUUAGUAUCAUUUUCAUGAUCUACUGCUUUUGUUGAUUAAAUUAAAUCUAUAAAAUAUUCAACUUUUCAUUAACGUAAUACAUGUAAAAUUUUUUUUUUAAAGACAAAAUGAGUGGAAAAAUUGCCGUGAAAAAAUUUUAUGGAGGACUUCUACGAGACAUUUUAUUAAUGUUAAAUAAUGCAGAUGAUUAUGAUGUUAUUAUUCAAGUUGGAAAAAAUCAAAAUAUAAAAGAAUUUCGUGCACAUUCAAAUAUCCUUAGAGCUCGUUCAAAAUAUUUCAAAACUGCGUUAUCAGAAAAUUGGAUUGCAAAAAAGAACAAUUUGAUUGAGUUUAAAAAACCAAAUAUUAGCCCUGAUAUUUUCGAUAUAAUUCUCAAGUACAUUUAUACGGGUAAAAUCCGCCUAACAGAUGAAUCUGGUGAAGAUAUUCUUGGAUUGAUUGUUGCAUUUAAAGAGUUUCUUUUCAAUGAUAUUCUCAUUUAUCUUGAAGAUUGUAUGAUUAAAUAUCAAUUACGUUGGAUUCAACAAAAUCUUGUCUUCGUUCUUCAUACGGUCUCCAAAAUUCCUGAAUGUAAGAAACUGCGAGAUCAUUGCAUUAAAUUUAUCGUAGAAGAUCCGCAAAUGUUCAUUACUUCAAAAGAUUUUCUUUCACUUGAUGGGGAUAUUCUCUUUGAAUUGCUAAAACGAGAUGACUUGCAGAUAGAAGAAAUUGUUAUCUGGGAUUAUUUAAUUAAAUGGGUUAUUGAACAAACUACCGGUUUGGGAAGUGAAAAUGGGGAUAGAACCAAAUGGAAUAAUGAAAAUUGUGAAGCGUUAAAAGAAAAGUUAGAAAAAUUUAUCCCUCUUAUUCGAUUCUCAGAAAUUAGUUCUGAUGAUUUUUUUGAUAAAAUUCGCCCAUUUGAAGCCAUUAUUCCUCGUAAUAUUUACGAAGAAGUUUUAAAAUAUUAUAUGAAAGGCACUUUAUCAGAAGCCAAUUGGAUCGACAGAAAAGAUGAAAAAGCUAUUCGUAACAAAAGUGAUUUGAAAUACAAUUUCAAACGUAUCUACUACAGUGGGUGGCACGGUACUAACAUUAUGGCAAUUAAUAGAGUUCGUGAUCGGUGUAAAGAUAAUCAAGAUCCACAUUUAAUAUUGGUCAACCAAAGACAAAAUACUGAUAAUACUUUUCAACAAAAAAGUCGAAAUGUGGUUUCUCAAGAAAAAAUCUCGCAAAAUUUUAAAAAAAUUUAUGGGGAAUACAUUUCGUUUAUAUCUCAUAAUGAAGUGGUCAAAAUGUCCAUGUUAAAAUGUCGGAAUAUUGUAAUGGUAACGUUGUACGGAAGAAUGAAAAUUUUGUUCCGAAGGAAGUUGAAAUCUUUAUUGUAUACAAAAUUAAGUAAUUCGUUUAUUUUUAAAUAAAUAAAUUAUCAGUUAUUAUUAUAUUUAUUAUGUUAAAACACAAAUGAUAAUUGUACGUUAUAAUUUAUUUAAUGUGAUUUUAUAAUAAAAUUAUCCGAUUCUACUGCGCCAC